CGUAGCAAAGUGCAGUCGAACUCCGUGGUGUCCGUAACUUAGUCCGUUGAAGUUUAGAAUUUCCCCUUUAGCAAAAGGGUUUACAACUUCGUCCGGGGAAUUUCGUCGCGUGUGGCGCAACUCCGGUACUCCACAGCCAGGCUUCGGAGAUCCAAAGCUGUUUCGACUUUGAACAUCAAUUAGUGUAAUUUUAUGAAUUUUGAAAAUUUUACGAUUCAAGUUCCCCUCACAAAGGGAUGGAAGUGAUUCGAGAGGAAGAGUGUUGAAAUAAUUUAAAAGUGACAAAACUCUGACACUGGACUGUGAAGUUGAAAUUAAGUGAAAUUUUCUAGGAUUUAGUGAGUGAAUUUUUGUUUUCAAGUCUGGAAUUCUUUGGUAGAAAUCUCCCACACAAUUAGUGGAAUAUUGGAGUACGCCAAACAGCCACCAUGGAAGCGUCUGUGAAACUGUUAGUGUUUGCGGCGCUAACGCUAACACUGACCGCCAUCACGGGCACGGGCGGCCAGUUUCCGCCCGGGCCCCGCUACAGCCUGGACAACAUGCCCAAGACGAGCUUCAGCUGCCGGGACAAGAUCCUCGGCGGGUACUACGCCGACUCGGAGACCCAGUGCCAGAUGUUCCACGUGUGCGUCAAAGUGUCCGGAAUAGGCGUGCAAGACUUCAGAUUCCUUUGCCCCAAUGGUACGGCUUUCGACCAGGAAGCCCAAAUCUGUGCCGAUUGGGGCGAUGUCGACUGUGAAGCCGCCACGCUGUACUACGGCAGCGACAACUUUGACCUGUACCGGCUGGGGUCCGGCUUCGAGAGCAAGCGGGCGCCGUUCGCCGAGGAGGAGGAAGCGACCUUCCACCUGCAGCGGGCUGAGACUAGUGACGCUAGACGUAGCAAACAGUUCAUCGUGAACCAGAGCUCGAAGCCGCAGCAGCCCCCUGUACAUUCGAAUCCGAACCAGAUUCCUCCGGUGCAACGGCCCCAGCAGCAACAGCAGCUUCAGCAGCACCACCAGCAACAACACCAUCAUCACCGGCAGUCUCCGGUCACGACUACGACGACCACGACAACAACCAGCACUACCGCGGCACCCUUCUACAGCACCACGGAAAACUACUUCAACAAGGCCAGUAACCUGCAGUACCAGAAGCAGAUCCAACAGAAGCACCAGCAGCACAAGCAACAACAGCUGGCGUACAACCAGCAACAGCAGAUCCAGCAGCAACAGUACCGGCAACUGACGGCCGCUGCCGCCACCGCAACACCUGCAGAUCGAUCACGUCAGGCCGAGGAACUCCGGUCAACGACACCGACCAGCUUCCCCAGCAACCAUCAACCCACGCAGCGCACCAGCGACAACAGUAACGACGAAAUCUUCCGAGGUUCUCACAGCUCCCACUUCUUCAACAACCGCAACAACGGCAAGGAAGAUUUCGACGACGACUUUGUGCGACGUCCGGCCGCCAGCACCACUUCCCCAACAACCACCGCUCGUCCGGCAACACCCAGCAACACCAACGCCACCCGCUCUACCCAGACCCGGGGUCGCAACCGCGGACGCGGUAGCGUGCGUGCCCACAACCUGAACAUUGUCCGUAGCGAAGCCAAGCCAACGCCGGCCCGUCAGCAAACGCGUCUCCAGGCAACCACUCCGGAAGACUUCUUUGACGUGCCCAAGAUCCAGAACUUUAGCCGGGGCUCCGCCAACCAUCACAACAAUAACAACAACAACAACAAUUUCCGGCAACAGCCUACUACGGUGCUGCAACCACAGACCGACAACAAAAUCAACUUUGGCCAACAACAACAACAAAAUCAGCAACCGGCAUCAACGCCGGCGCCAUUUUCUCGUGGUCAGCGCCCAACGCAAAAUGCGGCAACUAGUCGAAGCUCGAACGCUUUCUUCCAGCAACAGCAAACUAACACGACACCCGCUAGAUCUAUUGCCCAGCAGUACCAAACCACGACUCCUGCCGCGCAGCGUUUCCAGCAGCAGCAACAACAGGUCAACACGACGCCACGGCCGCAGAACUUCCAGCAGUUCCAAACGACGACGAAUGUUCCGCUGAACCAGCAACGCUACCAACCACCCAGUACACCUACGGCAGCCAAUCAACACUUUACCGACUUCAACAACCAGUUCUUUGCGCCCAAUCCGAGUACAACGCCGCCGCCGAACAUCAACUACCAAUUCUUCAGCCGGAAUCCAUCAACCCCUGUUCCAGCGCAGAUCAUAAACCGCAACCCGUCAACUCAAGCUCCAGCGCAGAACUUCAACCGAGUAACGCAGGCUCCUCAGUUCUACAACACCGGAUUCGAGAACAAAGCCACCGAACGCAACGAACCCAUCACGACGCCUCAGGAAUCCCAGCGAAACCGCGCCCAAUCUCGCUCCUUCAACAUUGACCCCGCUCGGCUCAACCAGUUCAACUACAACGAGUACCAGGGAAGUCGCACAAGCACGACUACCAGCACCACUACAGUCGCUCCGACGCCAGCUGCCGCCGUCUUCGACUUCAAACCGUCCACGUACAAUCCACUCAGCUAUCGCCAGCAGCAGCAGCCCCAGCAACCUCUCCGUCAACAUCCGCCAUCGUUCAACGUGAACCCGUUCGACCCUCGCUCAACUGCGGCCUCCGUCUCGAUCACCACGACCACCACCAGCACUCAGCGACCAGCGUCCAACAACGAGCAGCGCUACCAAACGAUCUCGCGAAGCGCCAGUGACAACUACACCCCCUCGACCAUCAAGAAGUUCUCCACGCUGGUCCCCAAAGAUCAGUACAAUCCGACGACCUUCAAACCGAACGCGCUCAGCAAGAAGGCUCUGCUGCAGUUCGUGAUCCAGAAGCCCGAAAAGCAGGACAAGAUCGUCCCCCCAGCGCCAGUCAAGAGCACGGUCUACGUACCAACGGUACCUCCAGUAAGCAUCACCACGACCACUACGACGACCCAAGCUCCGGUAGUGCGCAAGCAACCCCAGCCCAACAACUUCUUCCAGCAGCCUCAGCAACAGCCAACGCGACCAACCACGACUACGACCACCACCACUACCCAGCGUCCGCAAGACAUCGACGAAGACGACGGCCAGUACCAUCCGGAACUGUACGAGAAGGACUUCUACCGGAACCGCGUCAAGGCCAAGUUCAACCAGGAACGCAAGCAGAACUCCCAAGAUCCACUUACCUCCUCGCGGAACAACUUCUUCCAGCAGUCCACCCCGGUGUCCCAAUCGCUAUCCUCCAGCGACGAAGACGAGAUCUUCCGGACGGCCCACUCGCAGAACAUCGCCGCCAGCGGUAACGAUCUGAUCCUCGAGCGCGCACGGCAAGCCGCCGCCAAGAUCAACGAGUUCCUGUCGUCGUCCUCGGUGAAGCCAACGGCACCGGCACCCACGAAAAAGGCCCACCACCAGUCCAAGGACGCCAACCAGCGGGUAAACCCCCGACCCUUCUCCAAGGCCCCAACGAUCCCGCCGAACGCCACCAGCACCAAGAGACCCGCCGACGACAAGGAGGAGUACGACUACGCGUACUACGACACCGGCAGCCCGGACGUGCCCGAGUACGACGUCAUCGAGGACUUUGGCCGGACGUCGGCGCACAAGAAGAACAAGAAAAACUAAGUCGGUAGCGCUUAGCAGGCGGGCAUAACCUCAAACGUUUGACAGUUGGUGCAAGCGCGCCAGCUGUCAAAACGGGACGCCAUGUUGUGGGGCGGCUGCCAGUUGUGUAUAGAUUUUAAAUUAAUUUAAAUUAAUUCACCUAGCGGAGCGAGCGCGAUUUUCCUUAAGAAUCCGAACGUCGGAGGAGGAGAAGUUGGGCGUGAGAGAGAGAGAGAGAGAGAGAGCGAAGAUGCGCGAACCAAAACUACUGCCAUUAUUGUGAUUGUCACUGUAAACUAACGACGCGGUCAAAAAUGUUGUUGGUUUUUUUGGAACUGUUUUGCGACAUCGAUAUAACAAAGCCAGUAUUCUCGAGUGUAACCCUAUUUUCAUCUCCAGGACGGUGUCAUCCGUCGUGAAUCAUUUAUUUCGAUUUAAAAAAGUGUUAGAUUAAAUUAUUUUGUUUAGAGAAAUCAUCAUUCCUUUAGUGUAAACUAUAAAAACACACACACACUCUUUCAAGGCGAGAUGUUGAGGUUAAAACGAUGUAAGGAAAGUGAAAUCUUCUUUUGUUUCUAUCUGUCUAAAUCAGUUGUAAAUAUGUUUUAUUGAAAGCGAAAUGUAUGACAUAAGAGGAAGUAAUAAAGAAAACAAACGUUUAUCAAAG